AUGACCACUGUCUGUGUCCACUCCACUGACAGUGGACCCAAUGGAAUAAAGUGUAUCCACUACAUGGUGGCAAUGUCGGAAGUUCGGGUUAGGCCCAAGCACAGACUUGUGGCCGGAAGUGUGCACAGGAACGCCUUCACAUUGGAUUACGCGCAGUUUUACCUUAGACCGGUGCCAAUUAGUGGCCAACAGCAGCAACAAACGCAGCAGCAACACCAGCAGAUAGUGCAGCAGCAAUUGCUAGCCCAACAGCAGCAUCAACUGCAAAUCCAGCAACUGCAGCAACAACUGCUGCUGCAACAGAUCGAACGGGAGUUGCAGCAGCACCAGCAGCUUCUAUACAGCCAGCGACAGGCACAGUGUAGCUACCCUCCCGUGCGGCAGCGUUGGCUCUCCGGCAGCCACUACGACUACGCCGCACCGCAGCAACUUGUGCCGCAACUGCAACAAACGCAUCCGCAUCCGCAUCAGCAGCAGCAACAUCUGCAGCAUCUUCAGCAGCAACAAGAACAGCAGCAACAGCAGCAAUAUAGUUACUAUUUCAGUCGGGGAAGCACCAGCACCAGCUCCGGCCUGGGUCUGGGACUGGGCCUGGGCUUCGGUCUGGGCAGCGGCAACCUAGCCAGCUGGUACCAUCUGCCCUCCACGUCGGCGCACAUCUACAUCGGGACAACCAGCAGCGGCGGCGCAGGUACAACCCCGUACCCAUAUCCGUACCGCGGACUGGGAGCCUAUUCCGGCGGCGGCUAUCCUGCAGCGGCUUUGAUCAACUUUGAUGCCUCGCCCACUCCACUACUAGCAUCAGCUGGGACUUCGCCUGGCUAUCUGCCGCCGCUCCCUGUGCCGGCAGUCCUACCCCCGCCGCCCCCGGCGCCGAGCGUAGCCACCGACUACUACUUCAGCAGCCGGAGCACGCGCACGCUUCCACCGCAACCAACAGCGGCAACGGCGAUAGGAGCCACCACAGGAACAGCAGCAGCAGCAGCAGCAUCGGCAGCCAGACUAUCGCCGUUCCAAGAGUACACGGCUAACGCGGCGGAGGAGCUGCAAGCUGGCUAUCGCUACAAGGCCACGCCCCGAAGGCGCUACGACGCCUACGACAACUACGGCUACCUGCCGGGCUUUGCCAGCACAACCGAAGACGAGGAGGACCUACUCGACGAGUGCUUGCCGGCGGCCCUACUCUCCACGGACUGCGACAGUCUCGAGGAAGUGCGCUUUCUACAGCACCAGGCAGAGGAGGACGACGACGAGGACGACGAGGAGGUUGCCACACAGUUGGCACACAUACUUGACCUGCCCGAUUUUUUGCAUCCUUACGGCGGCGGCGCAGGCGGCAGCAGCAGGGGCAGCAUACACAGCCACAAGACGCCGCCGCAACACGAAUACCAGACGGAGCACGGCUCAGCCGCAGCCGGAGGGGGAGGGGGAGCUACUACAGGCGGAGGAGGGGGCGUGAGCGGCACGGAAGGAGGAGGCAGCAUCAGCGGUGGUGGCGUCGGUCAGUCGCAACGCGAGACGGUUGAGCAACGCUAUCACCAAUACCAGUACCAGCAGCAGCAUCACCACCAGCAGCAGCAAUUCCACCAUCAUCAUCAUCAGCAACAGCAACAACAGCAGCAGCAGCAGCAGUUCCAACAGACCCCGCAGCAAUCGCAGGGACAUCAGCAACAGGCGUACCACUCGUACCAAUAUCCAUCGCAGGACAGCUGCGAGGGCUUCAACCACUUCGCCAACGACACCAGCAGCUGUCUGGGCAACCAAAGAAUGAUGGUUAGCAAAUUGUGGAACAGCUGUUUCCCGGAGUUCACGCCGGACCAUGUCCAUCGGCACAACUUCUAUCUGUGCCAGUGGCAGCGGAACACGCAGGUGCGCAUUGUGUACCUGUUCUAUCGCUGGAUAACGGCCAUCACCUGUUUGGCGGCGCUGGUAUGCUCCCUGCUGGACAUAGGGCGCACCGAGGAGCACUUUGAGCAUCACUAUGCCAAGUGGUGGAUCUAUCUGACCCACUGGGGCCUGCUCUUCUGCACGGUGCAGGCCUGGCUGGCCGCCUGGAUAGUCACCCAGGGUAUGAUGGUGGAGCGCGAGGACUUUGAGAUCGUGCGCCAAGCCAAGAAGAGUCGUCUGCAUCACCUGUACUGGGUGCUCUACACCUGUGCCACUGUCUAUGCCUUCAUUGUCACCAUGUGCUAUUGGCUGCUGGUCCACAAUUCAGAAAUCCACAAAAUUGAUACUUUGAACAUUAUGGUGCAUGUGCUAAACUCGAUUAUAAUGCUCAUUGAUUUGGCCAUUGUUGGGCAUCCGAUUAAGAUGAGCCACGCCUAUUUUACCACGGGCAUUGGACUGGCGUAUGCCAUAUUCACUGGCAUCUAUUUCUUGGCCGGCGGCACAGACAGGAAAAAUCAAACUGCCAUCUAUCCUAUGAUGGACUGGACCAAGCCGGGCAAGGCCAUUAUUGUUACGGCCUGUGCCAUAAUCUUCACCUUCUUUGUCCACUUCUGCUGCUACCUACUGUACCGGGGCCGGGUCUGGCUGUUCACCAAGCUGUGCAUUCGGGGCCGCCACAAUCGGGACGGGGAGAUGGGCGAGGGUCUCAACGAUGACUCGGGCUCUCGCAUGGGCGGAGGAGGCGGCGGUGGCACUGUGGGCGGUACUGGAGGCGGGUUCAGUGGUUCGGUGGCGGCCGCUACUUCUGUGUGUGUUGGCGCCGGUGGCAGCAGCCAGGAUUAUGCCCACCAGCAGCAAUACCCCAUUCCGCAUACGGAGCAGCCGCGGGCCGGCAAUCAACAGCAGCAUCAGCAGCAGCAGCCGCCAGCCAACUACCAGGCUCCGCCUCAGUACUCUGGCUACCUGCAGCAGCCCGUGGUUGCUGGCGUCAAUGUGGGGGUGAUCAGUGCGGAGGGAGUGUAUCAACCGAUUGGCACAGAUUCCGGACGAACCAGUGGUGGGGGCGGAGGCGGUGUAGGUGUUGCCGUGGCCGAUGGUUCCGGGAAACACAAGUCUGCUUCUGGCUCUGGUUCGGGCUCGGGGUCGGGCUCGGCAUUGACGCGCACCGUAGCCCACUUAGAUGCGUCGCAGCGGGAGCAGUUCCUUAACCCCAACAAGAUCGUCGAGUAUAAGAUGUAA